AUGUUCGUCGAUCUUAAUUACAAUCGAAAUAUGGAUCUGAAUCUGCAAGUAAUCGCACUUAUUGGGUUCAUUUCCUUGAUCUUUCUCUACUUUGUCUUGUUUAGCAGGACAAGAAACAUAAUUGGAAGGACCAAUUUUGGACAAGCACCCGAACCAGCCGGUGCAUGGCCAAUCAUAGGCCAUCUUCAUCUACUAGCCGGUUCUAGUCAGCUGCUUCACCAGAAGCUUGGAUUGAUGGCUGAUAAGUAUGGACCAGCCUUCAUUCUUCGCCUAGGAAGCCGCCGCGCUUUUGUAGUUUCAAGUAGCGAAGUGGCCGAGGAAUGCUACACCACUUGUGAUAAAGCACUCGCUUCCCGUCCCAGCACAGCAGCCACAAAGCACAUGUGUUAUAAUGAUGCAGUGUUUGGUUUUGCGCCCUAUUCUCCUCACUGGCGAGAGAUGCGAAAGAUAGUAAUGUCAGAACUUCUUUCAAAUCGCCGACUUGAGAUUAUCAAGAACGUUCAGGCUUCUGAAAUCGAUGUGCUGCUAAGGAAGCUUUAUGAUCUCUGGGCCAAAAAUAGUUGCCACCCAGUGUGUAUAGAUCUUAAACACUUGUUGGAGGAUUUAACGCUUAAUGUGAUUGUAAAAAUGGUGGCUGGAAAAUCUUUUGUUGGUGGCUCUGAUGAUGUUGAGGCCAGAUGGUGCCAAAAGAAGAUUUCUGAGUUCUUUCACUUGCUCGGCAUGUUUGUGUUGUCAGAUGCCUUCCCUUCUCUCUGGUGGUUGGAUUUGCAGGGUCUUGAAAAGAAAAUGAAGAAGACAGGCCAGAACUUGGAUGAGAUGCUUGAAGAUUGGGUGAGCGAGCAUCGCCGGAAGAAAGCUUCAGGCGAGCUCAAGGCUGAGGGUGAACAAGACUUCAUUGACGUGAUGUUGUCGCUAGAAGAUGAUGGACAACUCUCUGGGUUUCCUUAUGAUUCGAAUACUAGCAUCAAAGCUACCUGUCUGACUGUUAUAGCUGGCGGCAGCGACACCACAUCAACCAUGUUGACAUGGGCCAUCUCGUUACUGCUAAAUCAUCGAUUUGCAUUAGAAAAGCUAAAAGAAGAAUUAGAUCUUCAUGUAGGUGUUGAACGUCAAGUGAAUGAAACAGACUUAAAAAACCUGGUGUAUCUUCAAGCUGUGGUAAAGGAGACUCUCCGCCUCUACCCCGUUGCUCCGCUCUCAGGUCCCCGGCAAGCCCUGGAAGACUGCACCAUUGCUGGUUUCCACGUUCCUGCUGGAACUCGCUUGAUCAUAAAUGCAUGGAAGAUUCACAGGGAUCCAAGUGUGUGGACAAAUCCAUCAGCUUUCCAGCCAGAGAGGUUUCUCACAAGCCAUGCAGGUGUUGAUGUGAGAGGACAACACUUUGAGCUGAUUCCUUUUGGUUCUGGCAGACGAUCAUGCCCAGGCAUGUCAUUUGCUCUACAUGGUCUCCACUUGACACUUGCUAGACUCUUUCAUGCUUUUGAUCUGGCUACACCCAUGGAUCGGCCUGUGGACAUGAGCGAGAGUACUGGAGUAACUUUACCAAAAGCAACUCCAUUGGAGGUUCUUCUUUCUCCACGACCAGCUGCCAGGAUCUAUUGCUUUUGAUGUAAGGAGAUGCAAAAAUGCUAGUGUUGUCGGGUGUUUUAGAAGGAUGUGUUCUUGAUUUUACUUUGUAUCUUUAUAAAAUUCCAAAAUUAUUUUA